AGGCUGCUGGAUCAAACUUUAGUCGAAGGCAAAAAGCAAAUAGGAUGCGGCUCUCGAUGGCAACAAACUGAAACAAUAAAGACGUGACAGCUGUCGUCGAAGGGCUGAAGCGCACUUAGGAAAGGAAACAGACGCCAUACGUAGCAAACACUCAACAUCGAAGAUUUGAGGCUCUUGCGCUACUGAUCAGAGAUGAUGCUCCAACGAAGUCAGUCCAACCAGAGCAACACGAAGCAUCGGCCUAGCAGAGAGCACGCAAAGAAACGCGACGACGACGAAAGGAAAAGCGAGGAAUCAUUGGAUUUCGUUCAAGCGUUGAACACCGCUCUGUGCUAUCUUUGUUGGACCAAUGCGGACUCUAGCGUGAUCGAUAGCUUCUUGAGAAAGUACCCAGAGGCUUUGCUCCUUGAAGGAACAACCAAUGACGACGCGAGAAGCCUGGUUGAGCAGCGGAUGAGGCGAUGCACUUGUAGUGACAGCUGGUGCAACGACAACCGCAACGAAAUCCUUCAACAUCUCGACAGGGGCUUCCAGCACUAUCAGAGCAAGCACAUGAAACAUCUGAUCGCACGGGGGAAAGGUAACAAAAAGGAGCCUCUCGACCAAGUAAUCGAAAAGCUGAAAUCCACGUUUCUAUUCCCGCAGCUUAUGACAUCUGGUCGGUAUCUUCGUGGGCUGUCCGCAGAGGAGAGUUCGGUGAGAAGCCAGGUCUUGUCCGACCAUGUAUCGAAGCUUGUCAUUGAGCAGGACGUCAAAGACCUGCGGGUCUCCGUGGAAAAGCGAACGCCACGGUCAAGAGUUCGUUCACUCUUUGCUUGCAGCGGCGCCGAAAGGAGCAAGGACCAGAGCCUGCUGCUGUCAAAACUAGAGUUGGAAUUGCAAGUCGCAGAAAUGAAACUUGCUAACGCACGAAAGGAACACCAGCUCCUCAUAGAUGCCAUUGACAGGGGCCAGCGAAACCAGUACGUCCUACUAAGGAAUGCAUUUGAAGGUUGCCACAAGUUUCAAUGCUCCUCUCAGGAUGCGGAAAGCAAUGAAUCUCUGUUCAAAUAGUGCGAAGCUUAUUCUCAUAGUUUUCUUUUAAAAGUAAGCAAACAUUGACAAAUGG